GGAAUGUCAGGACUGGCCAAGUGGGUGUUUCUGUUUCUUUCUGUCACUCAGUUCCUCCUGGGAAUGCUGGGGAAUGGCUUCAUUGUGCUGGUCAAUGGCAGCAGCUGGGUCAAGAGCAAGAGAAUCUCUUUGUGUGACUUCAUCAUCACUAGCCUGGCUCUCUCCCGGAUUGUUCAGCUGUGGAUUCUUUCUUCUGAUUUUGUAAUAAUGAUAUUCUUUUCCAAACUAUUAAAUAAUGAGGUAUUCCUUCACGUUACUGAUAUUUUAUGGACAAUUACAAACCAUCUGAGCAUUUGGCUUGCCACCUGUCUCGGUGUCUUCUACUGCCUGAAAAUUGCCAAUUUCUCCCACCCCACAUUCCUCUGGCUCAAGUGGAGAGUUGCCAGGGUGGUCGUAUGGAUGCUGUUGUGUGGGCUGCUCUUAUCGUGUAGUGAUGCCAUGUCUCUGAUUCCUCAGUUUAAGAUGUAUUAUGUUCUCCGGGGAGCUGAUGACUCAGGGAAUGUGACUGAGCACUUGAGAGAGCUAAAGAAUGAAUACGAGGUGAUCCAUGUUCUUGGGACACUGUGGAACCUCCUUCCCCUAAUUGUGUGUUUGGCCUCCUACAUCCUGCUCAUCCUCUCCCUGGGGAGGCACACGCGGCAGAUGCAGCAGAACAGAACCAGCCCCAGCGAUCCAAGCACCGAGGCCCACAAGAGGGCCAUCAAAAUGGUCCUCUCCUUCCUCUUUCUCCUCCUGCUUUACGUUCUUGCCUAUUUACUCACAUCAUCCCAUUAUUUCCUACCAGGAACUGUGUUGACUAAGAUGAUUACAGAACUAACUGCAAUGUUUUAUCCUGCCUGCCACUCAUUUAUUCUCAUUCUGGGAAAUAGUAAGCUGAAGCAGACAUUUGUGGAGCUGCACUGGUGUAAGUCUGUUCAUCUGAAGCCUGGAUCCAAAGAACGCUUUUCCCCAUAA